AUGGCCUCGACUGCUGUUACCGUUCCCACCAAGGACCAGGUCCUUGUCCCCGAGACCCUCCUCAAGAAGCGCAAGAGCCAGGAGCAGGCCCGCGCUGUCCGCCGUGAGGAGCUCGAGAAGAAGAAGCAGGCCAACAAGGAGAAGCGCUCCACUAUCUUCAAGCGUGCCGAGUCCUACGUCAAGGAGUACCGCGACACUGAGCGUGAGAAGAUCCGCCUUGGUCGUGUCGCCCGUCAGCAGGGCAACUUCUACGUCCCUGACGAGGCCAAGCUCGUCUUCGUUGUCCGUAUCAAGGGUAUCAACAAGAUCGCUCCUCAGCCCCGCAAGAUCUUGCAGCUCCUGCGUCUGAUCCAGAUCAACAACGGUGUCUUCAUCCGUCUCACCAAGGCCACCCAGGAGAUGUUGACCAUUGUCAACCCCUACAUCGCCUACGGUUACCCCAACCUCAAGUCCGUCCGUGAGCUUGUCUACAAGCGCGGUUACGGUAAGGUCAACGCCCAGCGUGUGCCUCUCACCGACAACCAGAUCAUCGAGGAGCAGCUCGGCAAGUACGGCAUUGUCUGCAUGGAGGACUUGAUCCACGAGAUCUACACCGUCGGCCCCAACUUCAAGCAGGCCAACAACUUCCUCUGGCCCUUCAAGCUCUCCAACCCCACUGGUGGCUUCCACCCCCGCAAGGUCAAGCACUUCAUCCAGGGUGGUGACACUGGUAACCGUGAGGACUACAUCAACGCUCUCAUCCGCCAGAUGAACUAG